GAGUCCAUCAGUGCAUCGAUUUCCUUGGAGCGCGCUCGACAUCGACAUCGCGAAAAUGAUUGUUCGCCACGGAACGUUAUGGACGAUCGCGGUGCUGGUUCUUCUCGCGAGCGUAUCAUUUUCGGAAUCUGUAAAACUACGAAAACCGCGAAAGAGGACCACGACGAGAACUCCGUAUCAACAAUCCAGGAUUGGACCGGUGAUCAUAAGAGUGAUGCACAAGUAUACUGACGAUGGUCCCGCGCGUGGUGUAUCGGGCGGUUGCACUAACGGCAAUUGUAAAAAUGCGCACGAUAAAUUCAAUCUCGAUGUUAACGAGGCGAUAUCUGAGAAAGACAAUUUCCUCUCGGACGAGGAAUCGUUGCGUUACGUCGUACAUCCGGAGAAAUACGAACAUUUCGUAUUGAGAAAGAAUACAGGACACGCGAACAGAUACAAAAGGGACUCUGCAUUUUCGGAAUUGCAUUCAUCGGAUGCAGGCGAUCAUACGAUGAUCGAUCGCGGUGGCGGCGGCGGCGACGCGAGUAACGUAUCGCGGAAUGAGAAUAAAGGGAAUUUCACGAGAGUUCCGCUAUACAGGAUUAAAUAUAGGAGGGAUCUUUCGAGAUCUUCGAGCGAAGCGGACAGAACGAUAAGAAACCUCACUCCUGACUAUUCUUCGCGAAGAAACGACAGUGAUUAUUACGCGCAGCGGAAAGCUGUCAUGGAAAGAUAUUAUGCUCGGCAGCGUGAGAUAAACGCGCGAUACGCUAAUCGGACGAACGUUAUUGUUCCACGAUUGGAACACAACGACGUGUCGCAGCAUCGUCCGGCGACGAGCAACGCUACCCUGUUCAAUCUCGGGCGUGUAUAUUCUAGUAAAGACUCGACGAGGGAUAGCACGACUUUUCGUCAUCCGUCCACAAAGAUUGAUCCGAUAUACAGUAAUGAAUCGCGGUACAACAAGAUACCGACCGAACUAGACGGUCGACGAAACGUUGCCCCGGAAGUCGACCUCGGUUUCAAGUCCGAUGCGGAUUUAUCUGAAACGAGAAGUAGCGAUAACAUUGAAAGAAAUGCGCUGGAUGAUUUCGUCACACCCACUCCAUGCACAAAUCUGUCCUCAUCUGGCACUUUCGCGCCGAAAACGCGAUCCAAACACGCUAAAAAUUGCACCCGUGAGACGGAGCAGAACUGCGAAGCAGAUAACGACAACACCGAAGGCAACCUACGAUGGGGAAGAUGCGAAGGAAAGAUCGUAUAUCAACACAACCUGCUUCUAGGAUUAACGGGUCCCUCGAAUCUUGACGCUCUGUUCGAAGUAAUUAUUCAGGGUCCCGUCUGCAUCACUUGCGUACAGGCGUUGCGAUAUAACGAAACUAGAGCGACGGUCUCGUUAGAUUCUGGAGGACGUGGGCACGAAUACGCGAAACUCAGGCUACAGGGUUACGAGAACGAAGGAUUUUCCUACAUAAUAAAGGUCUGGGGCGUUAAAAAGAUUGGUCAGGUUUGCGAUAACGUAGACUAAUCGAGGUACAAGUAACGUAUGAAAAUAAAUGAGCCGAAUAACAUUACGUCACGCAUGCGUAUAAAACAUUUUUUAUAUAAAAAAUUAAUAUAAGUAAUGUUUUUUUAUAAAUAUGUUUGUUUAGUUUCGUAAAGCGAGUAAUCUUGAGGUACAAAACAAGCGCUAACAUACACGUAAAAUACAUCACAAAAAGUUCAAUAUUCUCUCCGUGAAAGAUAUCUACGGAAAUUAUGUAAAAAUAAUCGGAGUCUUGUUCUUCUGGUUCAAUAUUAGUAUAGAACAUAGCAUUAAUGUAGCUAGAACUCUUCAACAUUUAUCGAACAUCUGCACCGUCAUGUAGAUUGGACAUUAUAUACUCAAGCACGUGCAGUCAAAGUUCAAUAUAAUGGCGUGACCAACGUACUAAAUGCCAAUUGAUUGCACAGCCGCGCCAACGCUCCAACGAGCAUUGAUUAUUCUUCAACGUGUAAUAACGAAAGUCUUUAUCUUCUUUAAAAAAAUAAUAAAAUAAAAUAAAAAUUAAAGAAA